GUAAAAAUUGCAACAUGUCACUAAUGGCAUGGAAACAAUCUCAUUACCACGGCGCUCUGAGGGGUCAUUUAAUGGCACUAGCCACCGUGUGUGAUGAACUGUCACAGUAAAGGAUACUGGAUAGAAAAUAUUCACCCGUUAUUCCGGUGGCGGCCAGGAUUGCUAAUUGUUUGUCCGCAGUAACAGCAGCCGACAUUGAUUGCCCGUCGUCUGCCUCCUGAUGAUAAAAAGGACGCAGGCGGGAAAAUUAUUCACUGCUUAAAAUUUAUCAUACUAUAUGAAAUGUUCUAUGUUCGUUGGGAAUGUGUAACCAAUACGAAAUAUAACUCGAUAUGAUUAAUAUAAAAUGGCAGAGAAAGGACAGAAAGAUUGAAGGAAUUAAGCGCUUAUUGCCCAAAGCCAUACAAGUUUCAGGGAUCAUUGUCAAUCGAUGGCUGUCAAUUUGCUAGUUUAUUUGAUUUUAACACUUUUUGAAUGUCGUGGAAAUUGCUGUUUGCGCACGCAUUAAGCAUAUCUGACACGAAAAGAAAGGGGGAAUCUAAACUUUUUUUACUUUUGGGUGUGAAAAAAGAAUAAGCCUCAUCAUUUAGGAAAAGGAUGGCGGUUUUGGCGAAGCGCACAAUUUCAAUGUUUACUUUCUUCCUGGUGCUCAAUCAAAGACUUGCUGCUUCAAGUGAAAUCUGUCAAUCUCUCUGUUCGUGUGUAAUUUUUAGUAAUAGAAAUAAUGUGAGUGCAGAGGUCAUCGAGAUUAACUGUCAGGGUAACGACCUUGAAUUAUUUCCCAACUUGACCGAAUACAAAGGCACGCAAAUACAACGCUUGAAUUUAGGGAAUAAUUCAUUCUUCAAACUUACAGUUAGUUCUGUUUUAUUUGAUGGUGCUAUUAUUCAAGAACUGAAUUUGGACAACAAUCGAUUUUUAGAAAUAGAGAAUAAUGCGUUCAGUAAUAUAAAAGAACUCAAGAAAUUGACCUUGAACAAUUGUGGUCUUGAAUCAGCUGAUCUAAUAUUUGUACGAAAUAUUCCAAAUUUAUUGUUUUUAGCUUUAAGAUCAAAUAAAAUAAAGGAGCUUAAAGAUUCGAGUGUGUUCGAGGGAUCGCCACUUGAAGAGCUCGAUCUUAGUUAUAAUCCCAAUAUCAAUAUUCAUGAAGAAGUUUUGAAAGUUUUAGCAUCUACCCUGAUCUUUUUAUAUAUGGAUUAUACCAAUGUGGACAUUUCAAAUCUUCAGUUUUUAGGUGGUUUAGCUAACCUAAAGUUAUUAUCAAUGGAAGGCGCUCGUUCCUCAAAGUAUAAUAGUAUUCAACAGAAAGCAUUCGGUAACCUCAGUCUGUCAAGUCUAGAAUCACUGACAUUGUCCAAGUCUGGAUUGAAGGUCGUAUUUCCAAAAGCUUUUGAUGGUCUUGAUAGAUUGAAGUAUCUGGAUCUUUCCGGAAACGAACUGAAUAACCAGGUCUUUGGAGUUACGGGUACCAAACCUAGUCUACAAGUGCUGAAAUUAUCUUACAACCCAAGUAUACAAUCCAUUUUAAAAAUUCCUAACAAGAACUUGACUGAGUUGCACAUGGAAGGGACAGGAGUAAAUCUCAUUUCUUAUGACGCCUUCAGUGUUAUAGGGGACUCUCUUGUCAUCCUAAACCUUAGAUCGUGCCAACUUCCGCCGGAAGGUAUGUUUCUCGUGGAUGCAUUUAGACCACUUAGGUCGCUGAGGAAAUUGGACCUAUCAUAUAAUUACUUGAAAGAAAUAUUCAAUGAAACAUUCGAUGAUAUGAACAAACUUGAGGAACUCGAUUUAAGUGGAAAUAUUAUGAAAUUUAGUAAAACUGACUUUAGUGGUCUUGAAGAAUCAUUAAAAACUCUAAGACUACGAAACAUGACAUUACAAACUCUACCAGUAGAAGCAUUGGCAAGCUUAGAAAAUUUGCAAGAACUGGACGCCUCGUUCAACAAUUUUACAAAUAUCUCCAAGGACUUUUUUGGAAGUUUAUCUGUGAGAACGCUAAAUUUGACAAGUUGCAACAUUUUUGAAAUCCACAAGGAAGCAUUUAUUCGAUUUAACAAAACCAAUGUAAUUUUGGAUGGUAACAAUAUUACCAGUGUAGACUUUCUGAGCUUUUUAUCACACAAUACUUUCGGAACUUUAACCAUGCGUAAUAAUAACAUCAACUGUAGCAGGCUCAAUCAAGUUCACGUAGUAGUGUUCGAUAAUUUAGAAGGUUACUGUGUCACUGGGAAUCAUUCGGAACCACUCAGCGCAUACUUAACUAAAAAACUCAACAUGAAAGCCAUCAAUUCCUGUUGUAAAACUGAAACGAGCCAGCUCGUGAUUUUUACCAUUUUAGCCAUAAGAACAUUCAUAGAACAAGUUUUUGUGUAAAUCAAAACGCUCCAAAUCCCAUGUGACAUGAAAUAUAGUGCCAAAAAUAGAAUGAAAAUGGCAUUUUAUACAGAUUUAUUUGGGUUUUUUAAACGUAUUUUUAUAUGAUAGUUGGAAACGUUUAACUAAUUUUAAGUGUCUUGGUGCUUUUAAAUUGUGUACAUACACGAGUUUUGAAAAAUGAUUAAUCAUAAUUGUACAAAGAUUUUAAAGAUAUUCAGAUUUUAUCUUAAUCUAUGAAUAAGUAAAGGCCCCUAAGAGAUCAUUUUCGCAAGUCAGGAUUGUCAAAUUAAAAUAAUAAUAAUCAAUGCAUUUCUUUGGAUACAAUUUAAGUUUUAGUGAGUCAAAAUCACUAUGGAUGAUGUACUUUCAUUUUAUCGUGGCUUUAUUUUAAUGGCAUUGUACAUCGUUUUGUCAUUCGUUUUUUAAAUUGAAUUUUAAAUAUAAAUGGUUGAGCUUAAUUUAUAAAUUAUUGUAGAUUUUAUGUAAAAG